CUUCAAUCAGUAAUAAUGCAACGUUGCCUGAACUUGAUCACAGCUCUGCUGCUUUUAGGUCAAACUGUGGCCAAUCCACGCUACGAUGAGAAGAAAGAACGUUAUAGCUCCUCCACAGUGGGAUUGUUGAAGCUGCUGGAGUUAGAGAUGCAGUUUAUAGAGAACCUAAAGACCUACACAGAACUGCUAUCCGCGAAAGCAAAUACUUUACAAGAUUUUAUGGACUCUGUGGAUCGUGGCAAGGAAAAAAGCGUAGCUGAACGCGAGAAAUACGUAUCCAAUCCGUUGAAUGCCUUUGGCCUAAUGAGACGCACGCAUCAGGAUUUUCCCAAAUGGCACAACUACAUAAAUACGACUGUAGGAAAGGAACAACUACAAUCUCUGGAUAAUCUACUGGCCAAAGCUCCGGAUAGUCAGGAUAUGAGAGAGGCUCUGGAGGGCAUGAAACGAAUAGAAACAAUCUACGGGCUGCAGGCCUAUGACCUAGCAAAGGGACGACUGCAGGACAAGCAAUACGACAUUCAACUAUCCAUUCGGGACUGCUUGGCCCUGGGGCAGCACAAGUACCAGGAAGGCGACUUUUUCCGUGCCUCUAUGUGGUAUCGAAUGGCCAUCAAGCACGAACUCGAACCGAAUGCGGAGUCAUUCAAUGCGAUUCUGGGCGAUCCGCUGAAGAACUUGAAGCGGAACUAUGCCAGAGCCACAAUUAUCUAUGGACUAAGCGCAGGAAAUCAGUCUCAGGACACACAGCAGAUUCUGGAUAUAACAGAGAAAGCGAUACACAAGUCUAGCCCAGCAGAACUGGAGGCACUUGUAGCGGAGUUACUAAAUCAAACAGAUGAGGAUAUUGCCAGGGAAAUUUCUGCCUCUGAGCCUUGGCCUACACCCUACGAAAUCGGUUGUCGCGGAGGCUUCCCUCCGCGCACGAAUCUCGUCUGUCGCUACAACUCGACCACGACACCAUUCCUGAGACUGGCACCACUGAAAAUGGAGGAGGUAAACCACGAUCCAUACAUCGUUAUGUACCACGAAGUUCUAUCGGAUCGAGAAAUUGAGGAAAUGAAGAGGCGCUCCAGCCAGAUGAGCAAUGGCUGGGCAGACCAGAAGGAGGCGAACAGUACAAAGAUCAGGGACAUCGUAUGCCGACAUUCCUGGUGGUCGGAACAGUCAACCAUUAGGGAGCGCAUAAAUAGACGCAUAACCGAUAUGACUGGCUUCGAUUUCGCACCGACAGAGGACCUGCAGGUGGCCAAUUACGGCCUGGGCACCCACUUCAAGCCACACUACGACUACACUUCCGAUGGCUACGAGACGCCCGAUGUCCUAACCCUGGGCGAUCGUUUGGGCAGCAUUAUCUUCUAUGCUAGCGAUGUGCCGCAAGGCGGUGCCACGGUGUUUCCUCGCAAUCGUGUCUCAAUUCUUCCACGCAAGGGUAGCAGCGUGUUCUGGUUUAAUUUAUACGACGAUGGCAGGCCAGAUAUACGCAGUCAGCAUUCGGUGUGCCCUGUUAUCGUAGGGGAUAGAUGGACUCUUACCAAAUGGCUGCAUAUUGUGCCUCAAAUGUUUGUCAUGCCUUGCAAGCCCCGAAAGAAGUCUCAAGGUUAUAAGGAGAACAUCUAAAAAUGAUA